AAAUAAUUGAUGGGGAAGUUCAUCUUCGGAAAUUCUUGUGUGCUCUUUGAUUUUGUAUCAAUUUUCAAGGAAGAGUUGUCAUGAGAUUUGAUGGAAGAGAAGCUGCCAUUUGGUGCAGGUUUCGUAGGAGCUCAUUGAAUAAACUAAUCAAGUUUCGAGUUCAACAACAGCUAGCCUAAUUAGUUGGAGAUCGAACUAUAUUAUUUAUUUUAAAACACCACUCUAUUUCUCCUCAUCAACCCUUCCCUAGCUUCCCCACAUUGAUCAAUAUCACCGGAAACAACCAUGGAAUUCCCUCACGGCUACUACCCUCAAACUCAUCACCACCGAAGAAAUGAUGAAGAAGAAGAGAGAAGAGAACAUUACCCACCACCAUCCUUCGACCAAACACCACCACCCCUAUUCUACAGAGAGAAUGAAUUUGCACCAGCACCACGACCCUACUCACACUAUUAUCAAGAAUCUCCACAACCACCAAGACCAUAUUUUAAUGAAACUAACUAUUCACCUCCUCCACCACCAACCUCAAUUCAAGAAACUCAGGUCUUUCACACAUCUUCCUUCGACCAAACACCACCACCCCUAUUCUACGGAGAGAAUGAAUUUGCACCACCACCACGACCCUACUCACACUAUUAUCAAGAAUCUCCACAACCACCAAGACCAUAUUUUAAUGAAACUAACUAUUCACCUCCUCCACCACCAACCUCAAUUCAAGAAACUCAGGUCUUUCACACAUCUCAUCAUCAAGGAGUUGACCCUUCUCUUGAUUAUCCACCUGCACCAACACAAGUGACUCAUGUUUCUCAUGAACAAACUGAAGCCCGUCAUUCUUUUAGGCCUCACAUGCCAUCUUUCAAUCACCAGCACACUCAUCAGCCUGGCGCUGCUUCUGGGCUUGACCUUUAUAAUAAACCUAGCUUUAAGGUUUACAGCAAAGCUCAGCCUGAGUUUCACCUCACAAUUAGGGGUGGGAAAGUGAUUCUUGCACCAUCAAAUCCUUCUGAUGAGUUCCAAAACUGGUAUAAAGAUGAAAAGUACAGCACAAGAGUGAAGGAUUCAGAGGGAUGCCCUGCCUUCGCUUUGGUUAAUAAGGCCACUGGUCAGGCCAUGAAGCAUUCCAUUGGAGAGGCACACCCUGUGCAGCUGAUUCCGUACAAUCCAGAUGUUCUUGAUGAGUCUAUCCUGUGGACUGAAAGCAAGGACUUGGGUGAUGGUUUCAGAGCUGUAAGGAUGGUUAACAAUACCCAUCUUAAUGUAGAUGCUUUUCACGGUGAUAAGAAAUCUGGUGGUGUCCAUGAUGGCACCUCUAUUGUUCUCUGGAAAUGGAACAAAGGAGAUAACCAACGAUGGAAGAUCAUCCCAACUCGGUACUGAAUAUGCGUGAUGGUGUUGCCAUUUCUUGAAGCUAUAUUGUAUCUGCGGAACCAUGAAUAAUUUCUCAGGAGAAUUUGUUUUUUGUUCCUUUUGGGAACGUUUUGUGUUGCAUGCUUCUUGGUGUGAGAAACUUGUGCAUCAAACUCUUCGACCUAUGUUUAGCCUUCAUUAUCCUUAAUCAGUUUGAAACAUACAUUGCAGAAUUUGUACUGAUGAACCUUCUGCCCAUAAUGCUUUACAUGCAUGUUCUUGGUGCUGUA